AUGAACCAGGCCCCUACAGUGGGUUUUGAGGGUGACGUGGGCGGCCGGACCACACACCACUUCAUGUACCCCGAGAGUGCCAAGAACCUGCCCGCCAACGUCAGCUUUGUGCUGGUGCCCUUCAAAGCCCUGGACCUGCUCUGGAUCGCCAGUGCCCUCUCCACUGGUCAGAUCAGGUUCACCUAUGCACCUGUGAAGCCUUUUCUGCGGGUGGACAAAGAAAAGGUGCAGAUCUACAAUCCUGCCUUCUUCAAGUACAUCCACGACCGCUGGACGGAGCACCACGGGCGCUACCCCUCCACGGGAAUGCUGGUGCUCUUCUUUGCCCUCCACGUCUGUGAUGAGGUGAACGUCUUCGGCUUCGGUGCCGACAGCCGGGGCAACUGGCACCACUACUGGGAGAACAACCGCUACGCCGGGGAGUUCCGGAAG